AUAUCUUUUCAAGAAAAUAAGGCGAUAAUACGCGGUGAAGAAAUAAGGAGAUCUUUCUAUAAAGAAAUUUCAGUUGAAAAAAUCAUAGGCAAAUUACUGCAUCAACCGCUAAGAAUGUGGAGAAGAAGCAAAACUGAAUGGUUCCACCUACUCAAAACUAAGAGGGGAUGCCGCCUACUACUAAAAUCCCGGUUUUUGCAACAGUUGCGUUCUUCUAUGCAAGAAGAAGACUUAGAAAGAACAAAGAAGUUUGGAUCCGAAAAAGUAUGCUUAGGAAGUUCCUUCGCUGAGCACAAGAGAAUGAAGAGGAAUUUGUUAAAAUCCCUAUUCUUAUCGAAGAGAAGGAAGGAGAAAAACCUAAAUCUUCCUACUCGAACAAUCAGUCCUAUAGUUUACAACUCUUCUUUAUCUUUAUAUAGUAAUUCGACCUAUUGCUUCGCAUCCCCCCAUAAGUUGACUAUGAAGAGAAGAAUCAAAAGGAUCGAACUACCUACUCAUUAUUCGGAGGUUAAUCAUAGAACACCAAAAGCUGUGGUAUCUUAUGGACCUAACAUAGGUCAUAUCCCUCACGACAUAAGAUUAAAAGAUCCAAACCUUCUUCUUCGGAGCAGAAACGGACGUGGCCAAAACAUAUAAAGAUCGGCGUAGUCACUCGUAGUAGGAGUCAAGAUAUUGCGUAUAAAUAUAUAUAAAGAGAGAGUCUCUUGAGCGGCCGAGAAUCUUCUGUCAAAAGGACCAAGGACGAUCUUUUCGGAAAGGAGGAGUCAGUCUUCUUUGAAGAUCGAGGCGCGUAGCGGACAAUUAUGCCAUUCGGAAGAAGUCUUCUACAGAGGGAAAGCCUGUAUCGAGUAAGUGGAGAGGAAAGAUCCCCGGAGAUUGAGGAACAUGAAGAGAUCUAUUAAGAAGAGAAAGAUUUAUCCGAAAAAAUAUCUGACCAGUUACAUACAAUUACAAACUACACGAAAGUUGCCCCUUUUUCAUGGGGAUUUACCCAUCACAGAGAUGCACAGAGGAACAAAACGAACUUCAUAUAUCCCUUUUCCACUCAAUCCAGAAACAAGAUUUGACGUUAUUCCGCUUCGUCUCCAUUUUCUUGAAACUAUUCCUCAAGCAAGGCA